GUCAAUGGCUGUUGCUGAAGCGGCGGCGACGAAUCCUGCUUUACGGCUCUGGCGAAGAUUCCACCAUUACAGCCCUCUUCUCCUCAAUUUUAGGCUUGACAUUGUUGUUGGCAGCGUCAAGAUGGAGAUUCUUGUGGAUAGCGAUGGAGAUUCCACCAUUACAAACCUUCUCCUCAAUUCCAAAUCCUGGUCACAAGAAUUUCAAUCAAAUCAAAAGGAGAAAAAAGAAGGGGCUUACUCUGAACUUGAAGCUUUCCUUGAAGAGACAUAAACUAAGAGGAUAUCAAGGAGAGGGAGGAUUGGAGUUGUGGUUGGGCUUCGAGCUAGCCGCAGUGAGCUUCGCCGUGGUGGCCUUGGGAGUAUUCUGCGUGGUUAUGCAAUGGAGGGCAUGGCUGUCUUCUGAUGUUGCGGUUGUGGUACUAGUACCGAGAUUGGAGGAAGAAGAUGUACGACAAUGCAAGACUGGGCUGGAGAAGGAGCGAGACUUGAGACGGGGAGUGGUGGUCGCCGAAGGACGGUGGUUGGAGUUGUGGGAUGGCAGGUAGGUAUGUUAGUGGUGGUGACGGGCUUGGGUUUGGUAAUGGGUUGGGUUGGGUUAAUGGGUUGGGUUGGAUGUAUGACAUGGCUGGUUUAGUGAUGUGGCGGGUCGGGUUUGACCAUUUCCGGGUCAUAAUGACGCUGACUAGGCACUCCCGUUAGCCACGUCAGCACAUAACGGUCAACAUUAACAGAGUUGGACGGAAACUAACGGAGAGUGACUAAACAUGACCUGUUUUAGUAAUUAGAGUGACCAAAUUUGAUAUUAACUUUUUUUAGUGACUAAACAUGGGACAAUUUAGUAAUCACAGUGACCAAAUGUGUCAUUAACCCAUUUUGCUCCAUUUAAAAGUUAAAAGUAGGGGUGUCAAUUGGGGGUCGGGUUUUGGUUUUAAUCUAGGGCUAUAAAUUCUGGUUAGGAUUUUCGGUUUUAACCGAACUCGAACUAGUAAGAUGUAUUUCAGGUUUUCAGUUUCGGUUUUGUUUCGAGUCCGGAAUUUUAGUUUUCAGGUUUAGUUUUUGGGUUUUGGGUUUAGCUAAAAAUUGGAAGCCAUAUCAACUCUUCAUAUUCCAUAGCUUGUUUUGGUUUUUGGGUUUUGAUUUGCCUUACCCGAAAUCGUUAAGACACUUUUCAGGGUCGGUUACCCGAAAUCGAAAAAUCUCUUAUUUGUUUCAGGUUCGGUUUUCAAAAAAUUACGAUUUUGUGUUUUCGGUCCGGUUACCCGACCUGAAUCGACACCCCUGCUUAAAAGUACAUACGUGAUUGAUUAGUUAAAUUUUGAAUAAUUUAUAAAAUGACUUAAAAUAUUUUACUAAUAAAAUUUCUAAAAUACCAAACAAUGUAUUGAAAAAAUGCCAAACAUCAUAUAUCUUCCUAAUGUAUUUAGGCACUUCAAUUCAAUUGUCUUGGUAAUGAAAGUCUUAUCUAUACAAAAGAUUCUUGAAAGAAUAACGUUACAAUUUCUUCUCAUGAUACAUGCAUAAUCAAUAUGUUGGCAAAUCAUAACCGGUUAGUAAAAAGAUUACUGCUACUCUUUAAAAAAAAUUCAAACUUUAGGUCCAAAUUGUAGUCAAAUAGAACAGUCCCACCAAUCUAUUAGUGGGUAAACUGUCCCGCCAAUUACGUUUGCAAAAUUCGACCUCGAUUCAUUAAAAGGUUGUCAUUCGAGGAAUCAAAACCCUCACAAACUACGUUUCAAGAGAAAUGGUAACCAAACAAAGUCCCCAAUGCAAAGAAGUCUCAUAAUCAACCAACAUAUUGAUACCGGUAAUUCCAAAUUUGAUGGCAUCGACUAUAUAUAGCCGCAUCCCCGCUAACUGAAACCUCCAUUUUUUACUCUCCAAAAUUGCUCAUAAAUCUACCAAUCGUGAUUGAAAAAAAAUGACAUAUAGAGUGUAGCUUACGAAUUCGUGAAGUGGGACAACACGAGAAGCUGGAAGACCGACAGUACAAAAUGUUUAUUUAUUAAGAGCGAUAUUUAAUCACAUUAAUACAAACAUUACAAAUUAAAUAUUCUAUGGAAAUCUUAUUCAAUAUUCUAACAUAUUUAGCAAAAUGUUUCAAGAUACUAAACAGAUUUAUUUAGC